AUGCCCGGAGAGACCAAAAACAAACCAGGCUCAUGCAAGGCACAGAAGACAUCAUCCAAUUUCUUCAUCCCAACAGCCCAGAUUUUUAUCAAGCUGAACGGACAAGGGACCGGCCCCGGCCGCUGCUAUCAAGCAUGCAAACUCGACUGGUUCGAUGCCAAUUAUGACCAUGUCUCGUUUGUGAGCCGUCCUGGUCGGGGUACCGUUCCUUCGUCCGCUGUUGGCCUCAGGCGAACCAGCAGCAUUGCCGACACUAGCAGGUCGAAGAGCAGCCGUCCCGCGUCAGUAAUCUCCCUUGUCCGGCGGCAAAGGAUGCGCUUUGUAAUACCUCCAAGUCGUAUCUCCGGCGUCUGGAUGGCAGAGAGGGCAGUCGGUCUUACCGAUUACCUUGGCCCAGUUCCGAGCACUGCGAAUAGUCCAACAGCGACGAGUAGCAUUUGGGGGCCUUUGAAUUGUCACAUAUGCAUCGCUUCGAAAGUCUGGAAUGCACGAGACUUCCACGCCGGCAACAUUAUUCCAGAGGAGAUCGGUCCUCUGUCUCGCGUGUUCAAAUAUUUAAACUGGGCAGCUCUGCCAUCGUCACCCAGGCAAGGCUACCUGAAACGUAUCUUUGAGCUCCAGCUCUCUCACGCUCUCUCACCCACCCGUUGCCAUUGGAAUGAGAUUGGAACACAAAAUUCGACCUCGAACAUGUCGAACGGAUAA